AUGAUCAUUACACCGAUCCUAGACGAAACUGAAGAAUCUCAAUAUGAAGACCAUGUACGGACAACUCCAACUUCGCCUCCACCAGCUAAUGACGUCCAACUUCAAUCUAAUGAUACUGCGCAGCCAAAUGCAGCUGAUGGUGACGAUGCCGAGGAUGAAGCUACCAAAACAAGAACAGGGAGGAAGAGGUCCAUAGUCUGGGGUCACUUUAAAAAAAAGAAAAUAAGAGGGGAAGACAAAGCGGUUUGCGAUCAUUGCAACAAGAUACUAGGAGGAAAAAGAAACCAUGGGACAAAGCAUCUACAUGAUCAUAUGAAAAGAUGUCCUCGACUUAAACAGACAGACAUAAGACAAGCGGUACUUACUCCGAGUAGAAAAAAAGAUGUGCGAAACCAGCUUACAACAUAUAAUUUUGAUCAAUCUGUCGCCAGGAAGGAUCUCGCUUACAUGAUAAUUCUACAUGAAUACCCGCUUUCCAUCGUCGAGCAUGAAGGAUUCAGAAGAUAUUCAAAUGCACUCCAACCACUGUUUAAGGUGGUAUCCCGAAACACCAUUAAAAAUGACAUUUUCAAAAUAUACGAUGAAGAAAAAGUUAAAAUAAUGCAUCUUUUAGAGAAACAUCAAGGAAAAAUUGCAUUAACCACUGAUAUGUGGACCAGUAAACAAAAGAAAGGAUACAUGGUCAUUACAUCUCAUUUUAUCGAUGAUUCAUGGAUCCUACAAAGCCAAAUUAUCAGGUUUAUGUAUGUUCCAUGUCCACAUACAGCUGAGGUCUUCUCGGAAGCAUUGAUGGGAUGUCUGUUGGAUUGGAAUAUUAAUGGUAAGAUAUCUACUAUUACUGUUGAUAAUUGCACCACUAAUGAUCUUAUGAUCAAAAAUACCUUGGAAAAAUUGUCAAGUAACUCAUUACUAUUGGGUGGAGAUUUGUUUCAUAUGCGUUGUUGUGCGCACAUACUAGCUCUCAUAGUCAAGCAAGGAUUAGAAGGGAUUAAAGGGGCAAUCGAGUUGAUUCGUAAUAGUGUUUCUUACUGGAAAGCAACACCAAAACGAGUUGAAAAAUUCGAAGAGGCUGCCGGUCAGUUAAAUAUUGCAUGUACAAAUAAGCUAGUCCUUGAUUGUGAGACUAGAUGA